CCGUGCGCGUGUGCCCUUUCCGUUCGGUUCUGUGUGUGCUGCCCUGUCAAAGAAUACCAUUUUCAGUCUCCCAUUUUCAAACCCACGGAAACGUGUUAAAAAGGUUUUAUUGAACACAACAACAAAAAAUAUUCACAGAAGCAGCAUCAUCAAUCCUAAAAACAAAAUCCAAAUCUAACGGAAGAAAAAAAAAACGAAAACGUUGCACAAAACGGCACGUGUGAGAGAUUUUUUGUGUUGUAUAGUACUCGUUGUACGUUCGUUUGUUUCCAAUUUGAAUAGUUUUGAGUUUGCUGUUUUGGUUGUCUAUACAAAAAAAAAAACAAUAAAACAAUAUUUCCUAUUCGUAUCAGGCCCAUGCGCCCGAGUUUUGCCUUUAAAACAGGGUUUAAGGGUACUUAAAAACGGAUAGUGAAACAAGUAGAACGAAAAAACAACCCAUCCCGCUUCCCAAUUCUACCACCACCCACUAUCCGGUUUUAUCCCCCGUAAGACAUAUUUUCUGUUCGGGGGUAUCCUUCCCACAAGGGGGAGAAAAAAAAACACACACACCCCGUCACAGUCUCUCGGCGUCCAAGCAGUGUUGUCGUAAAACAACAACAUCAACACACCCCUAAAACGCAAAGCAAGUUCUCUAAAGAUGCUUCUCAGCCGAAAUAAACUCGGAAGUAUACGUCCGGCGAAGCACCUGAAGCUCGACAGCAUGGACGCACCGGCAACGUCCGAUAUCGUCAUCAUCAAUGGGAAUUCUCAUCCGGAUCUGGCGAACCUGAUUGCAAAUCGGCUCGGUGUGGCGAACGGUGGAUGCGCGGUUUAUCACAAAACGAAUCGCGAAACGAUGGUCGAGAUAGGCGAUUCCGUGCGCGGUAAAGACAUCUACAUCAUACAGACCGGCACAAAAGAUGUGAACAACAACAUCAUGGAGCUGCUGAUCAUGGCGUACGCGUGCAAAACCUCCUCGGCAAAAUCGAUCGUCGGCGUGAUCCCGUACCUGCCGUACUCGAAGCAGUGCAAGAUGCGCAAACGGGGCUGCAUCGUCUCGAAGCUGCUGGCGAAGAUGAUGUGCACCUCCGGCCUGUCCCACAUCAUCACGAUGGAUCUGCACCAGAAGGAAAUACAGGGGUUCUUCGACUGUCCGGUGGACAAUCUGCGCGCCUCCCCGUUUCUGCUCCAGUACAUCCAGGAAAGCAUCCCCGACUACCGUAACUCGGUGAUCGUGGCCCGCAAUCCGGGCUCGGCAAAGAAGGCGACCUCGUACGCGGAACGGUUGCGCCUCGGCAUCGCCGUGAUACACGGCGAGCAGAAGGAAUCGGAAGCGGACGAAGUCGACGGGCGCAACUCGCCGCCGACGCUGCCGAAAUCGCGCACGAUGGACGUGUCCGGCGGGGUGCCGAUCCACCCGGCGAAGGAGAAGCCGCCGAUCAACGUGGUGGGCGACGUCGGCGGCCGGAUCGCGAUCAUGGUGGAUGACCUGAUCGACGACGUGCAGUCGUUCGUGGCGGCGGCCGAGGUGCUGAAGGACCGGGGUGCGUACAAAAUCUACGUGCUCGCGACGCACGGCCUGCUCAGCCAGGAUGCGCCCCGCCUGAUCGAGGAUUCCGCCAUCGACGUGGUGGUGGUGACGAACACGAUACCGCACGAAAUCCAGAAGAUGCAGUGCCACAAGAUUAAAACGAUCGAUAUCAGUAUUCUGCUGGCGGAAGCGAUCAGGCGCAUACACAACAAGGAGUCGAUGUCAUAUCUGUUCAAGAACGUCACACUGGAGGACUAGGGAGUGAGGCGGCGCGUUUGUUUCGUGCUAACGAUUUGGCCUACACCACACAUCAACACAACGUGCUUUAUUAUCUUUUUUUCCUCCCGCAAACUUACUUGGUGCUUUUGGUAAAAUCGCAUUUUACACACCCACACUUACAUUCAGGCAUGAAAGAAGAAAAAACCAAAAAAAAAUAAGUUGUGUCCGGCGGCCCUGCACUGAAACAGUGUUUUGCGAAGGAAGGUAUGCUAACAAGGCGCUAACAGCAGGGACCAAACCACAACCAACCUUUCACGCAACGAAGAUAGGCAUACAAGUUCUCAAAACGACCCUUUCGAUUUUAAUCCAUAAUUUUACUUACUUUGUUUUUAUCGUGAAAUGUUUCAUGUUCUGUAAACGGCUAGUUCCAUUGUUUCUAUUUGUACUAUCGUUUUCUCCUCUCCCCUUACCACUUUGCUUCCUGCACACACAGAGACAAAGAACAAAAGAGUUUAAAAAAAACAUAAAUAUGAUAGUUUAGUCAAUAUAUAGUGUAGCGUUAGAGAAAGUAAGGAUGUUGCUCGAUGCAACGAUCUGUGAGCAAACAAACAAACAAAAAUCUGAAGCCCUGAAUGCUAAUACGUACUCUACAGGAAACAAAGAUUGUGCAGGCAAAACAAACAUGAAGAAAGCAUGUCCUCCCGAGCAAACAGCUAAAGAAUGAUCGCACAUUUCAACCCUGCGAAGCUUUCAGCUAUUUUUUUGUUGUUGUUUCUAAAUGUGCUCUGGUUUAAGGAAAAAGGGGCAAAAACACGAUGACUAUGAGGGAGGACUGGAUGAGGAUCUGGAUCAAUAAAGUACACAAUGAUUUUUGGAAUUUUAUUCCUCACACUGUUAGAUAA